AAGUACAAGUACAAACAGCCAGGGUGCGGACUGUUUUAUUUCCUGUUCGCGACGAAGACUGCACAGACGUUUUCUCUUCGAGUAGGCGUCUGUCCGGACUGCGCACGAACCAUAUCUAGUAGAUUUGGAAGUAAGAAAGUUGCACUCUGAUAAAAGUGACUGACGAAAAGUCUGUGAGAUUGUUCGACGUCUGGUUUAGCUUGUUCGGCAUCUAGAAUGGAUGCCGGAAAAAGAGUGAACACAUACCUGUUGAUGGUGUUCGCCUUUCUGUUGGUUUCAUUUGCCAAGUUUCCAGUCAAAGCUCAAACUGAAGGUGGCUACGAUCUGGUUUUUGUAACCAACCUGGAAAAUCCUCCAUCUAUUUUCGUCGCUCCGGCCGACACCUUCAAUUUCACCCUCAUCCCCGGCUUUGAUGAUCAUGAACACGUUCUUCGCCCAGUUGCCAUUGACUAUGACCCUGUGGACGGCAUGGUGUACUGGACGGAUGUGCAGCGUUCAAGCAUCACUCGUGCCUUUGUGGAUGGGACAGGCUCGGUAGUUCUCUUGAGAGAUCUUAGUCAACCUGAAGGAUUAGCUCUUGACGUGGAGAAUCGUGUGAUGUAUUGGACCGAUACCGGCAGUGAUCUCAUUGAGAGUGCUACGUUGGAUGGGCAAGAAAGAUCCGUGGUUUUCAAUUUGACAAAUUCGUCCGUCGGAGCCGUGGAACCCAGGGCAAUUGUUGUAGAGGUCACGAACGGGCUGCUCUUCUGGACGGAUUGGGGUUCCUCACCAAAGAUUGAACGCGGAAACACCAAUGGAACCUCCCGAAUGACGCUGGUUAAUUCUGGACUUUUGUCUCCAAAUAGCAUUAUAUUGGACGUACCAGGUGGAAGAAUGUAUUGGUGUGAUGCUGGCUUAGACCUCAUCGAAUCCACUGACUUUCUGGGCCAAAACCGCAUCUCCAUUGCUUCCUUUUCAUCAGAUAACAUCAAUCCCUUUGACAUUGCAUUAUACCGAGGGAGUUUGUACUGGACAGACUUCAAUUAUGAAACAAUCAUCAAGAUUACAUUAGAACCUAUAGGGGUUUCAUUGGUUUCAUCAAGCGACUUAACAAAACCAUUAGGACUACACAUUCACUUGGACACUUUUGCAAAUCACAAUUGCGUAGACAACAUGCCUUGCAGGGCAGGCGAACGUUGCCGUCAGUUCCAUGACCACUACCAGUGCAUCUGCAAAGAUGGCUUGGCGGGAAAUAACUGCCAACUGGCUAAUCCAUGCAGUGGCGUACUUUGCUCUAAUGGAGGAUCGUGUUUCUUGUCUUCAAGUAAAGACAAUGCGUAUUUCUGCGGGUGUCCUGAAAGAUACCUUGGGGCCAACUGUGAAGUAUUUGAUGAUCCCUGCACAAGUAACCCCUGUUGGAAUGGAGGAAGUUGUCUUGGUUCGUCAGCUGGGUUUACUUGUGCUUGUCCCCUUGGAUUCAUCGGAAUAUUCUGUGAAUCGCAGAGCCAUCCUUAUGACUUGGUAUUUGUGACCGAUCUGAAUCCUCCAGGGAUUUAUGUCGCGCCCACAGACACCUUCAAUUUCACUCUCAUCCCGGGUUUAAAUGGUAGCCAUAGCAACAUAAGUCGACCAGUCGCCAUUGGCUACGACCCAGUAGAGCGCAUGGUGUUUUGGACCGAUGUCGCCUUGUCGACUUUAAGCCGUGCCUUUUUGGACGGGAGUGGAGUGGAAGUUCUCUUCACGGAUCUACAGACUCCAGAUGGUUUGACUGUUGAUGUUGAGAAUCGUGUGAUGUAUUGGACAGAUACUGGCAGUGAUCUGAUCGAGAGAGCUACUUUGGAUGGUCGGGAACGAUCAGUGGUUCUCAACUUGACAAAUGCUUCCCUCGGAGAUAUACAACCAAGGGGAAUUGUAGUCGACCCUGCUAACAGUAAUUUGUACUGGACUGACUGGGGUACUGCACCAAAGAUUGAACGAUCUGGCACAGAGGGCUCAGGUCGUCGCGUACUCAUCGAUACGAACUUAAUGUGGCCGAAUGGUAUAUCCCUUGAUCUGGAAGGGGGAAGGAUGUACUGGUGUGAAGCUGGUUUCGACCGCAUCGAGUACUCGGAUCUCUUAGGCCAGGGUCGGACUGUUCUUGUCGACCUCACCAGUCUCGGCAUUCAUCCAUUUGAUCUCUUUGUCUACUAUGACUUCAUUUACUGGUCUGACUGGACAUCAUCCAGCAUUUUGCGUGUUGAGGCUUCGGGACGGCUGAUGGGGAAUCACGGCUCGCAAAGCUUUGGACGACCUGGAGGGAUUCACAUAUUUAAAGACAAUCUUCCUCCUACUUUCACCACCGGUUGCCCGAGCAACAUACUUCGUCUUGCUGACAACAACCAGAGGUCUGUCCCCGUGUCGUGGCCCGACUUGAGAGCCUCCGAUCCCAGUACACCAUUGCUAUGGAGCUCCACUCAUCAACCCGGUGACAUGUUCUCAGUCGGAGGGGUUACCAUGGUAACAUACACAGUGACCGACCAAGCCGGCAACGCUGCUAGUUGUAACUUUACUGUGACGGUGACUGCGGUGGAUCUAGUGUGCCCAGCAAAUUUCACAGUCGAUGCGAAGCCAGGUUCCACCAGAACCAGUGUGAACUGGAUGGAACCGGUUGUAACUGGAUGGGACGGACCAACCAACUUCACCUCAAGCCUCAGUCCUGGCGUUGAACUCCAGAUAGGUAGCCAUGUUGUCAACUACCGGCAGCAGUUUGAGUAUGGCCUGAAUCUGAAUUGCUUGUUCUCGGUUCAGGUUAUCGGUUUUUGUCCAGCCAGCACCACGAAUGAUGCUCUUCAUGGUCGGUUGAUGUGGCUUGCAACAAGAAGAGGCAGAACAGCAGAGUCCUUCGAGAGAUGCCCGCUCAUGACAUCAAAAGCUGGGGAUCCGUUAGCUGUUCGCAACUGCUCCGUUUUAGCUCCGCCGGACUAUUUUCAAUGGGGAAACCAUGUACCUCAAAGUUGCGGAGAAGAAAGGAAUGAAGUAACUCUGGAAGACGCCACUGAUAUUGAUGUCAGUCUAGGGAACGUGAAUGAAGUGGUUGAGUUUCUGGCCAAUGAGACGUCAGAGUCAUCUGAAAGUGCAGAAGAUGUGGAAGCAGUCUCCACCAUUUUGAUGAAUAUUGUCGGGGCAGGAUCAGGAGAUACGGAGGUAACCGAGUUGGUGAUACAGACGGUAAGCAAUGUCAUCAUGAGUACCAGCCAGGCUCCUGACUCCCAGACUCCCGAGGUCAAUGCUGGCAGCUCCUCAGCCAUCGUUCAGUCUGUUGAGGCUCAAGUUGCCUUGACUCUGAGACAAGAGGGUCCAGUCAGUAUACAACAGGACACCAUCCACGUUGAGGCAGUCAGUCUACCCCCAAUGCAGGUUAGCAAUGGACUCACCUUUGUGUCUGCUCCAAAGCAGCAGACCGGACAGUCUUCACCGCAGGAGGGCAGUCUUGUCGGCACUGAGGUCACGACCUUGGUGAAUGCCAGCAAGGCGCCUCAAGAUGUGAUAGCUUCAAUCCGGUUACCGGCUAAUAUUGUCAAGUUGAUACAGGCCGGCAAUGAAAAUGGUUCCCAGCCGCUGCGGGCGAGUUUCAUUGUCUAUGCUGAUGACACCUUGUUCAAGUCAGCUCUGAUCAAAGACUCCCCAGGGAAGAACGGCUCCAGCCUCCGGGUUGCUGGGUCCGUUGUCUCACUGACUGUGGAAGACGUUGAGUUGGUCAACCUCACCGAACCAGUGGUCGUCCAAUUCAAGGCACCGGCCAAUAAUGAAACGGAGGGAAAUAGAACCAUCGAGUGUGUCUUCUGGGAUUUCGAUCUGAGUGACGGAGUCGGCGAUUGGUCAACAGCGGGUUGCUUGCUGGCAAGAGAGACAAAUGAUACAGUGUCCUGUAACUGCAGCCAUGCGACCAACUUUGCCAUUCUCGUGAAUGUCCAUGGACAGAAGGAAACAAGUAAAGUAUUCCGGGAUGUUUUGAAUAUCAUAACCAACGUCGGUUGUGCCAUCUCCAUCAUUGCACUGGUCAUCACCUUGACUGUGUAUCUAGCGAUCAAGAAACUGCGAACUGGCAAAUCUCGUCAGAUCUUCAUCCACUUGUUCUUUGCCUGGCUGAUAUUGUACAUCGUGUUCCUUGCUGGCAUCGACAACGCAAAGGGUACUGGAGGUGGUUGUGUGUUCGUUGCAGCUUUACUCCACUACUUUGUCUUAUGCACUUUGAUGUGGACGGCUGUUGAAGCCAGGAACAUGUACGUGAGUGCGGUGAAGGUGUUCCCAGAAGACACGCCUCACUACAUGCUCAAGGCUUGCCUCAUCGCUUGGGGAUCUCCACUGAUUGUUCUGACGAUCACCUUGGCUGCAGCAACUGAUCACUACAGAAACGAGCAUUACUGCUUCCUUGAGCCUGAUCUUGUGCUGUACCUCGGCCUCCUUGCUCCCAUUGGUCUCAUCCUCAUCCACAACAUCAUCACCUUCAUCUUAGUCAUGCGCAGCAUCCUGAAGGUCCAGGAGGCAUCUCGCUCCCAGCAGAUCUCCAAACGCCUCCAGAAUGCCGUGGGAAUCUCCACCCUCAUGGGGUUGACCUGGAGUUUUGGGUUCCUGGUCGUCAUCGACGGAUCGGAGGCCUUCCAGCUCAUCUUCUGUCUGGCCAACUCCUUUCAGGGCCUGAUUGUCUUCAUCAUGUUUUGCGUGCGACGUGAAGAGGUCCGCACCGCCCUCGCACCGUACAUGAAGCGCCUCUGCUGCAGUCGCACCUGUGAUGUACAGGUGCCUUGGAAAAAGAAUAGGGCAAACGACCCGCCCAUGUUGUCUGAAUCGGUGCCGAGUUCACCAUCGUCAACUGCCCACACUGCUGAAUUUGACAUGUCCGUGUCAGGACCCUAUUAGUGAGAGGCAGGCUUCAAUACUCGCUGUCUGAAGCGUCAAUCUUUAAAGUCUACUUAUAGAAUACUUAUUACCUUAACAUGCACAACAUUACUGGACCGAGCUCUGUCUAAUGUGGAUUUCUUAGUAUAGGUAUUUCUCUAGCACUUAACUGGUUUGUAACUCUUCACUCAGUUUCUGAUGUGAGGCAGGUGGCUCUGGACAGUAACGCACAUACAUUGGGGAUAGCCUGACUGUAUGAUUAUGGAGCUAUAAAAAAGGCUCCAUGGUACGAUCAAGGACAAACCAUGCACUCCCGCCGUAUGUGCGAACAUAUUUGGUCGUCAACUGAUUGAGAAGCCUUUAUCUCAGAAGGCUGCUCAUGAAUGCGUCGCGAAAGCCACAUUAGACUGGGCUUGGUUCCGUAAUAAAAUGGUAGGUGGCACUGACAUGAACACCACACGCACCCACAUCGGGGUUUAUUGGGUACCACUAUUAUCUACUUUGCUUCCCCACCAUUGUUCGCCUGUGUUUCUAUUUGAAAUCGCUAAUGCUAUGGCUUUUCUGAUGUGCGGUACCAAGAUAUCUAAAGACCAACUUGUAGGAUACUACCCUCCCCAUUGUUGCUCUCUGUUCUCAGUACCCCGUAAUAAGUACCCAUAUGUAUUAAUACAUACUCGUUGGCACGUUUGUGCCAGCUAAAUUUAUUUGAAAUCCUCGAAAACAGACUUGUUACGCCUUUGUGUAAGGCUUCAGGCACCAUUUGAUUACACAGGCAUGUCCUUUCCAGUGAGCUUCCCCAAUUUUUCCGUUAUUACCAUGCAAGGAGUACUUGUCCACAAAGUCCAUAACCACCACUGGAUAAAGUGACAGGUGCACUCAAUCUGUGACUGCCUCGUGUACAUGGCAAUGCAGGCAUGCAUGAUUUGCUGAUUGGCAAUUCUCGGCAACUGUGCAGAAUUGUGCAGGCACUUUGCAGACAAUGUGCAGACAUACUUAAGCUUGACCUUGCUAAUAAUCUCCAGGGGCCAAUUUCAUGGGACUGCUAAGUUCACAAAUUUGCUUAGCACAAAAAAAGUCUGGCUUGCAAAAACAGGUUGCCAGCCAAAACUCCAUGAGAUGUAUAGUGCUCGUGAUUAGUAUUCAGCUGUUGUAAAUUUGCUAUUGCAUGAAAAUCGCGUGGAGUUUUGGCUGGUAAACUGCUUUUAUAAGACAGGUUUUUUUGUGUGCUAAGCAAUUGUUUUUACUUAGCAGCACCGUGAAAUUGGGCCCUGAUUACUGUGGAGGGGGGGGGGUGGUGGUUUUAUUUUAAAGACUUAAGCAAUGUACUAUAAGAAACGAAAUCAUUGCAUUUUAAAAAACCAGCAGUUGUAUAUAAUUAUUGGUUGCAGAAGGAGGAAUAGUCGUACUCGUACGACAUUAUUAUCAUCAAUAUCAGUUUUUUAUAUGUAAGCUAGUUCUUUUUAUGUAAGCUAAUUAAGUUUUUCUAGUUAUUGCUUCGUUUGGUUUCCAGGUUUUUUUGUUAACUCCGCUCAUAACUGUUGAUUUGAGUGAUUCAAAAUGCAGUGAAGAGUUAAACAAAACAAAAACCAGCCAACUGCUUAAUAUAUGAAUGCCAUUUGACAGUGUCAAGGGAAAAUACAACACUUUAUGAUUUGCAAACAUCGAAAAAUAAACUACCAAGUUUUUGCGAAAUACCUUACUAGGAUGUUGUUAAAUGGCAGUCUAAAGCAUCCUGUAAAAUUAUGGCACCUGAUGUAAAGUCGUUUUCAAGAAAAUGGUAUUUUUGUGUACAUUUCCUACGGUGGUCGGCCGACCACCGUUGGAAAAACUUACAUUAUCUUUAUUCAUUUCCAGUAAUUCCUUUUCUUUUUAUAUUUAAAUAUUUUUAAGUUCUAACUUUUGGCUUCAAAUACUUUUUAUAUUAGUAUUUGUAUUUAUAUUUAUUUACUCUGUACACAACUUGAUGAGGAGUGGCAGGUCUUUGGCCACAGUGAUUGUUAUCGCUUUUGCCUCUCCUAUGCCCAUCUUGUAUGUGAUGAAAAAGAAUUGGCAUGAAUAAAUAAUAAUGAUAAUAAUGUAAUGGAGAUCAAUAGUUAAAACACAGAGCAAGUCGAGAACUGUGCCCGGUUAUCUUUCAAUCAUUGUAGGAAGUUUCGAAUUAAUUAAAUUAAAUCGAAUCGAAAAAAAGCAACAACAAAA